AUGGGUUGCUGCGCUUCCCGCCCGUCUGGCGACGAUUCGCCCUACGUCGAUGGCGCAGCCUCAACCUCCUCGCAUGCGAUCAACACCCAGCCCCCUACACAAGAACAACCUUCAACAGAUGAAACGAUCCAAACCACGACGACGGGACCUGGUUCGUCCACACGACGGCAUCGACGCAAUCAACAGCCGCUAGACCAGCACAUUAACAAGCCGCUUCGCCGGCACGUAUGGGCGUCUAAGAACCGCAGAUGGACGAGGGCCUCACUUGAUCGAGAGAGAUCCGAGUUCUUCGAUACUAGGGUAACGGGUCGACCUGAGGUCUGGGCGACGUUGCAUGCCGUGCUAGAGAUUCUAUGGAACCCCGAAUCCGAGGGUUUGUCAGACGAUGGAGCUGAAGGACUUGCGACUGCGCAGAGCAUCCUUGAUGCGGCGGAGAUUACUCUCCCGACCGGCAAUUUAGCGCAGGGAGCCUACGAUUCUUUGGGAAACUACUACGCAUUCCACGAAUGGAUCAUCUCGGACCCCACAAACAUCGUAGAGGGCCAUGACGAUGACGUACCGGAACGAAUUGAAGACGAUGAUACGAAGAGGAUUCCUCCAUUCGAAGAGUCGGAUGAUCCCGAUGACGAGGAAGCCGCCCGAAGGAGGGAAGAGAAGGGGAAAGCCGUUGUCGACGUGAGAGACUUGAUAACGGUGUACGCCCGGUUGAGCGAAAAUGCCCGGGACGUCAAGGUUGCCGUGGGCAAGUCUGAUUCGGUUCGCGUUGUAGCCCGGAAGAUUCUCGAGGACUCUGGCCUGCCUCAUGACCGGACUAUCCGUAUAGCGUAUCUAGGAAAGAUCCUUCGAGAUAAUGCCUCCCUUCAAGACCAAGGCUGGAAAGCCGGUCACGUAAUCAACGCUCUUGUCUUUCCUCGCUAG